UUCUCAUUGGCUGCGACAGCCGAGUUGGGCGGGCGCUGAAGAGGACGCUCCUUCCACAGGAGGGCGCUCGCUUAGGAACGUCUCUCCUAAACCUCCACACCGUAGAGCACAAAAGCUAGAAAGUCAAAACCCUUCGCCUUUCACUUCCGGCAUGACUGCACAAAGCUCCCAGGAGGGUUUCUUAGCACAGAGCUGCUGAUGGCUAGAAUGGCACAUAUGCAGCACGCGAACUCCGCUUCUGAGGCGCUCUAAGCCGUAUGGGUGACGGAGGCGGUGACGUCACCUUCAAAACCGGCCUCCUAGGUUCUCCACGCUCCUCUUGGCUGAGUGCUCUGUUGCUCAAGCGGGCCGGGGGCGGAGCCGCAGCCAGCGGCUGCUCAAAGCUGAGGGCGGCGGCCGGGACGGCGCCGCGGCGAGGCCGCUGAGGGAAAUCGAGCAUCGGGGAUCCCUCCGGGCCUCCGGCACCGCCUCUACGAAGCGAGGCGGCGGCUGCCGCGAAGUCGCGGCCUUGACGGAGGGGGCGGAGUCCGCACGGUGCCGCCAUUAUUAUCCAUGCGCGGCGCGAGGCAUGGUUCCUGGUCCAUGAACAUCAGGCUACCACCGGCCAAGACGUGCUUGUUUGAAGAGAUGAGAAAAUAAAGGAGCCAUAUUUCAGCCGUUAAAUUCCUGCAUAUUCUGGGCAAAUCUUGACUUGAGUCACACCGAGAAAAGAAGGAAAAGCAAUUGCCUUGUGAAGGCUCUUCUCUUAUUUUUAAAAAGGAGGAUUUCACCGCCAGCUGAAGGAAAAUGGGCAACGUGGAAAGCAACAGCUCUUACCAGAAACACCUCUCCAGGUUUCUUUCUGAUGAAGUGGCCGACAUCGACGGCGUUUUUAGCGCCUUAUCUGGAGCGGAGGAAGCCGUCGUCGUAAAGAUGGGGAAAAAGGCACAGACCAGGGUGAGCCUUGAAGCACUCAAGGCCUACGUCAAGGACUCUCUGCCCCCAUCCAUGGUUACGAGGCUGUACAGUGGGAUGAGAAGCAUCCAGGAGACCCACCAGAAGCAUCCAGGAGACCCAGAGCCCAGCACGGGGCUGGCCAAGGAGCAGUUUGUGGUCUUUACCUCCACCCUCUUCAAAGGCAACGCCCAGGAAAAGUGUGGGAUUGUCCUGAAGAUGGUCUCAGAUGCUCGGAACACCGUCAAGGGAAGCCAGAUCCUAGAGUUUGCAGGAGACUUGAUCAGCUCUGUGGUUCACGUGCUAAACUACAGGAAGUUGCUGAAAGGGUGGAAGCCAAAGAAGCUGAAUAACUCCGUCGCCAGCGUAAAAGCCUUGGCUACUCAGCUGGUCUCUGAGCUGAGAUCUGCAGAGGGGAAGAAGAUGGAGGGAGCCUCUGCCCUGGAUGCCACCUGUGACCAAAAGAGCAUUGAAGAUUGGCUUUUCCGAGUCCCACAGAUCUCCACCUUCCUCAAGGUGGUGCUUCAGCAGGGCCUGCUCCUCCUCCAGCCUCUCUCCGACGAAGCCAGCGAGAUCCUCCAUCUGCUGCCGGAAUGCAGAGGCCUGCAAGGGACGGCCUUGGUCAGCCUCCUGGACGUCCCUUCCAUCAUCUACCUCAAUGCCCACCUGCCUUCCGAACUUCGGGAUCGGUGGCAGCUGCUCUUCGCCUCCCGGGUUCACGGGGAGAGCUUUACGCAGCUGUGCGGCCAUAUUGUCAACAAAGGUCCCUGCCUUCUGGUGCUGAAGGACACCGACGGCUACAUCUUUGGCGGGUUUGCCUCCUGCUCUUGGGAAGUGAAGCCCCAGUUUCAAGGAAACAACACGUGUUUUUUGUUUUCCAUUUCUCCCUCGCUUGCCGUGUUCACCUACAGUGGCUACAAUAACCAUUACAUGUACCUCAACCACGGGCAGCAGACCAUGCCGAACGGACUUGGCAUGGGAGGGCAACAUGAAUACUUUGGCCUCUGGGUGGACAGUAACUAUGGGCAAGGCCACAGCAAAGCCAAGCCCCGGUGCACCACCUACAACAGCCCUCAGCUGUCAGCCAAGGAGAACUUCCUGCUGGAUUCCAUGGAGGUGUGGGCCGUGGGAGACUUCCCUGAAGCCAAAAAUGGAAAGGGGCAGAAGAGCAUCUUAGACAGCGAUCCCGAGGCCCAAGCUUUGCUAGAGAUGAUGGGGAAAAGCCGCCAGAGUGAUGGGUUUCGGGAACCCCCUGAAGAUGAAGAAGGAGACAAUUAACAUCUCAUCUCAGAUAUUUUUUCCCACCAAGCCUGACCAGGAUUUUGCUGGAACACCUUCCGAGCUUUCUAUUUUCCACACGUCGGUAUCCGUUGCCCCAUCUUUUAAAUGUGACGAGAUUCCGUUAAAUAACAAUUGGUGUCUGUACGAACUUUGGACGUAUUAUCUUCAGGGUUUUCUUUUCCAGGGAUUGGGCCUGUAUUGUACUAAAUUCAGGACCUCCUUUUUCUUCUUUUCACAUUAUUCACAUUUAUUUUGGGCUCAAGGGGGCCCACCCAAGGGGACUUCCAGAUUACUGGUAGAAAAAUAUUCCUUGGAGGGAUCCCAGUUCACUCACAGAGUCCUCAAAACUCAACGUCUUCCAUGCAAAUUGAGCCCUAUUUCGUUGGGAAAAUUUAAAUGCUGCAUAAAAACGUAUUUUGGGUUUGUUGAAGUGCCAUAUUUGGAAAUCAGGAUUUCAUAUCUGAAUUAAUCACAGCAAUAUAAACAAGUGGAUCAGA